GUUUUUCAACAUUUUUUACCAAACCAAUCCAAAUCUAAAUGGUUUGGUUCGGUUUCUUGCUUAUUGGUCUGGUUCGGUCGGUUUCCAACGGUUAACCGACACCAUGUUCAGCCCUACUGGGAUGAGCCUUCUGGCUACAGCAAAUGAGGAUUAUUCUCUGAGGCAGCAAGCGGCGGUCCAUUCGCAACAGCUCCAAAAUGGACAUUACUCACUAUGCGUCAGAUAUCCAUGGAUGGCUGUUGGGACCACACAACCUCCUCAGGUUCAUCACACAUUUGCAACAGAUGGAUUAGAUGGUGCCUUCCGUUUAUCGGACAAGGACAGCAAACAAAGUUUGAAGGCCAUGCCAGCGUUCUCUACUCAUCCUAUAGAGGUGUGGGCUGUGAGAGUGCUCCACGUGAAUCCAGCCGUGAUUCCCCUAGAGAAUCCAUUCUGGAGGUGUAGGGGAUGUCAUCGUGUAGUUGUCCCUAAAAAACGUGCCUUUCUGAAUGUAUCAACAGUGAAAUAUGGGGUUAAUGAACAUGGUCCAGGCUCCCUCCUUAUUGUAUUGGAUAUGGCAGUAAUCAACAGUAACGUGACAAGUAGAGGUGGUGCUGGUGCUUCUCCUGUUGGGAGUUUUUCUAGAGACUGCGUUAGAGUGUGACUACCCCUCGAGGCCUUGCCUUGGGUUUGAGAGGCUAUACAUCCUCAACCCGUCAAUACGAGCUUAUUUGUUCAUCAACAUGCUUGAGUAGGCACAGCGCUGCAGAAUUCAGAUGGGAAGGUGGGAUCAAGGAACUCCAGAAUUAACAGAUUUGAUCCCUGAUAAAGUAGUAGCAGAAAAAUGCAACAAGCAAAAACAAUUAGGAACAAUAAUUUACAAGUAUGAACCUUAAUUAGCAUGUAAGGUGCUCAUUUGCAUCGAAACUGUUCAACUUCUUAUCAGUUAAAUGGUGUUCUUUUUCCGCGACCUCUUAUUAAUUAGCGACUCGAGCUUGUUUGUUUA